AUGGAAGAGCUAGGAAGAGAGUUGAGGAAAUUGAGGUGGGAAAUGACAAGGCGACUGAGGGAAGUCGGAGAGAGACUAAGAGGCUUGGAAGAGAGGUUAGAGGCGCUGGAAGGAGAAGGUCUGAGAAGGGAAGAAGAGGUAGCAGGUGAGAGGGAGGAGCUGAGGAGUAUGCGGGAAGCGAGAAGAAGAGGCAGUGGAAAAGAGGAAGCGCAAAGGGACAGCGAAGAAGGAGAGAGGGAGAAGAAGAGGAUCGGACAGGACGACAGGAGAGAGGGAAGGAGAGGAAAAAAGGAACAAUUGGAUGGAGAGAAGAGGGAGGAGAGAAUGGGGGAAGGCGAGAACGAGAGGAGAAGAGAAGAGAGGGAAGAGGAGGGGAGGGGACGGAAGGACAGAGACGAGGAGAGCUGGUGGCAGGAGUCGAGAAGAGAAGGGGAGAAGAAGAGGCGAGGGGGCGAGGAGAGAGGCGAGGAGGAAGGAAGCAGCCAAGAGGGGAGGAAAGUGAAGGAGGGACAGGCAGGAGGAGCUGGCAGGGAGGAGAGGAAGAGCGCAGAGAGAGCGGAGGAGGAAGAUGGGGAGAGAAAUGGGAACGGUGAUGGUAAAAAGGAGAGGGGGAUAGAGGCAUGGAAAAGGGUGGAAAGGGAAAUGGAGAGGAGGAUGAGGGAGAUAGCAGAGAGAGAGGGGUGGGAAAGGGUGAGGAGGACGGAAAGGGAGAGAAGAGUAAGGGAGGUGAGAAGAAGAAACAUAAUAUGGAGGGGAGUGGAGGGGGAGGGGGUGAUAGAAAGAAAGGCGAUAAUAGAGGGGAUUAUGAAGAGGGAAACGGGAAAGGAGGUGGAGUUAGGGAUAGUGUCAGAAAGAGUGGGGGAAAGGGGGACGAUAGUGGUGAUAACGGAGGUGGUGAGAGAGGAGGAUAGAGACUGGUUGCUAGAGAGGAGGGCGGAGAUAAAGAAUCGCUGGGAUGUAAGGUUGGAUGAGGAUCUGUCAAUGGAGGAGAGGAAAAUCAGGUGGAGGAUGUUAGAAAGGGCAAAAGAGGAGAGAAAUAAGGGAAAGAAGGUGUACGUAGGGAAUAGAAGCAUGUGGGUGGACGGGAUAGAAUGGGUAUGGAAUAAAAGGAAAGAAAAGUGGGAAAUAGGAAGAGACGGAGGAGAUAAGGAGAGAGACGUGGAAGGGGAGAAGAGAGGUGAGAAAGAAGCAGGAGAAGCAGGAGGGAAGGAGAGAAGGAGAGAAAGCCUGAAGAAGAUGGAGAAGGCAAAGCAGGGAGAGCAGAGGAAGUCAGGAGAAAAAGAGGAGGAGGAGAGGUCCCAGAAGGAAAAAGGAAGGAGAGGUUUGAAGAGAGGUUGA